AUGGAUCCAGAUAGUUAUUGCACAGCUAUUGUUCCGAAACGCGAAUAUCAGCAACUUAUUCGACGUUAUGAUGAACCAUUUGUUACAUUAAUAUUACAUUGCGAUGAUUAUUCAAUAAAAUUAACUGGCUUGGCACUGCCCGUUCAUUGUCAUUAUGCUGAAGAAUUUGAACAAUAUAGUUCUACGACUACAUCUUCAUGUUUUUCAAUGAGUAGCACGAGGCAUUUUUAUCAUAAAGAUGCACACGGUGUUAAAGAAUUAAUAUCACAAGAUAUAUAUCAUCGUGAAAUGGAAUUAUUAGCUAAAUAUUAUGUGGAUUCAAAUAAGGAUCAAAAUGAAUCAACAUCUUUAUCAACAUUAUUAAGCAUGAACAAGAGCAUUCUUAAUUUACAAACACAUUGUUGCGUUUGUAAACAAACAUUAGAAUUCUAUGAUCGGAGUAAGCUUGAACAUGUUAUUUAUCAUGGACGUUCUUAUAAACGACGUGGUAGUACUAACAAUUACACAAUAGGAUAUCAUUAUAAAAAUGGCGAAAUACAUUUUGGGUAUAUCGAAUAUUUUGUUAAUUGUAAAUGUGAUGUUAAAAUCAAAAUUAAUAAAUUAAAAUAA